UCCGCUUCCGCCGGGGAGGUCCUACGGCAGCAGUCAUGACUCGCUUCAAGUUUAUUGAUAUUGGUAUCAACUUGACAGAUCCUAUGUUCAGAGGAAUUUAUAGGGAGGUUCAAAAGCAUCAAGAUGACUUACAAGAUGUAAUAGGGAGAGCUGUCCAGAUUGGUGUUAAAAAGUUUAUGAUUACAGGUGGAAAUCUACAAGACAGUAAAGACGCACUGCAUUUGGCACAAACAAAUGGAGAUUUUUUUGCUUCAUGCAGAUACUUUGAAAAACAGUUUGAAUUGUCAGAACAAACGAAAUUACCAAUGUUUCUUCAUUGUCGAAACUCACAUGCUGAAUUUUUGGACAUAAUGAAAAGAAAUAGAGAUCGGUUUGUAGGGGGAGUGGUGCAUUCAUUUGAUGGUACCAAGGAAGCAGCAGCUGCUUUGAUUGACUUGGAUCUUUACAUAGGGUUUAAUGGUUGCUCCCUGAAAACUGAGGAUAAUUUGGAAGUUUUGAAGUCAAUACCUAGUGAAAAAUUAAUGAUUGAGACAGACGCACCUUGGUGUGGAGUCAAAAGUACACAUGCUGGAUCAAAAUAUAUAAAAACUUCAUUUCCUACCAAAAAGAAGUGGGAAAAUGGGCACUGUUUAAAGGAUAGAAACGAGCCCUGCCAUAUAAUUCAAAUACUGGAGAUAAUGUCAGCAGUAAGAGAUGAGGAUCCACUGGAAUUAGCCAAUACACUAUAUAACAACACUAUUAAAGUAUUUUUUCCUGGUAUGUAAUCAGUAUGUGUCUUCUAUUUUCUAUCAUGUAUGUAAAAUUUCAUGAUAAAACUUUCUUAUAGCUUCAAUAAAGAAAUUCUCGGGA